UUGAUGGAGAGAAAGGAGGUAUAGAGCGAUAGAGGGACGUGGUGGAGAUGUAGCAAACAACGGAAAUAACUAUUUUAACGUUUUAUGUUUAUCUAUCGUGUAUUUCAGUUUUCUCCACUUUCUUUACUUUUCUUAACUUAUUUCACGGCCGUUUUUGUCGAUUUACGUUCCGAGUCGUGUAUCCUUGGCAACGCGAACUACUGUCCCGAGAAGUUUGGAUCAAGUGUUACACCUUCAACCGGAAAAUAAACUGGAUCUUUACCCGCCAAACUAACGGAACUGACUCCGGUGUGCAUAUGGAAGCAUUUCAAACAGUUUGGAUCCAAAUUCAACGUAUUUCAUUUUAAACCCAGUGUUUUGGGAAACAGGACAGCGCGAGACAAUAGUGGUGAGAGAGGGAGCUCGUGCAGGGGGGAAUCGAUGCCUCGCGGGGGCUUUGUUCUACCGCGAGCCUUCUGCUGAGACCGACUGAUGGCCGCUGGAUUUAUGAAUAUUUACUGAUUAAUUAACGGAGUGAAAAGCCUUUGGAACAACAUGGACGUGACUCUGUCCGAGUUACUGUCCACUUUCAUGGAGUCUCCGCUGGUGGUGUGGGUGCGGACGCUGGGCCCUCUGGGUUCCUGUGAAGACGCGGGCUCAGAGGAGCAGGUGAACAUGUUCAUGGAGCUGGUGGACGGCGUCUUCCUGCACAAGAUCAUGACACACAUUGACCCCAGCCCCACCAAUCAGAGACUGACCAAGAAUGUGAACAAUGACGUGUCGCUCCGCCUCUACAACCUGACCGUUCUCACCAGACACAUCAGGACGUACUACCAGGAGACCUUACAGCAGUUAGUCCUCAUGCCCCUUCCCAACAUCCUCUCCAUCGCCAAGGAUCCAAUAUCAGUUAAGAGCAUGGAGGAGCUAAAAAGUCUUCUGUUGCUGGUACUAGGCUGUGCUGUCCAGUGUGAGCGUAAGGAGGAGAUGAUAGAGAAGAUCAAGCUGCUGGACUUUGACACUCAGGCUGCGAUUGUUUCUCACAUCCAGGAGGUGACACACAACCAGCUGAACGUCCUGGACCUCUCCUGGCUGGAUGAAGGGCCAGCGCUCGGUCAGGAGGAGCUGGAGCCUCUGUCCCGCAACAUGGCUGCGUCGCUACAGCAACUGAUCGACCAGAGAGACAAAGAUAGUGAGGUGAUCGUGGAUCUGACCCAGGAGAGGGACUACCUGUCCAGCCAGCAGCCCCAGGAGGGCUGCAGGAACCUGGGCAUGAACAGCUUGGAGCGGGGGCAGGGCUCUGGAGGAGGGGGGAUGAGUAACGGGGGAUCGUCUGUCAAUACGUCUGGCCUGACCAAAGAGGAGAAGCAGCAUCUGUCUGUGGAGCUCGCUGACACCAAAUCCAAGCUCCGCAGAUACAGACAAGAACUGGAGGAGAAGACAGAGCAGCUGAUGGACUCUAAACAUGAAGUGGAGCGACUCGAUCAGGAGUUGCAGAGACAGAAACAAGAGAACCAGUCUCUGUCCUGUGAGGCCCGGUCAGUCAGAGUGUACCGGGACGAGGUGGACUCUCUGAGGGAGAGAGCAGCCCGGGUGGACCGACUGGAGACUGAGCUGACCCGCUGUAAAGAGAAACUCAACGAUGUUCACUUCUACAAGACCAGGAUGGAGGAGCUUCGCGAGGACAACGAGACGCUCAUCGAGACCAAGGUGCUGUUGGAAGAGCAGCUGUCAGCAUCCAGGGGGCGCUGUGACAAACUGCACACACUGGAGAAAGACAACCUGUUACUACGAGCUAAACUAAACGACUUGGAAAUGGAGCGGGACAAUGAGCGUCGGAGGAUGGAGGAGCUGGUGGAGGAGAACAUGCUGCUGGAGAUCGGACAGAAACAGAGUAUGAACGAGUCGGCUCAUCUGGGCUGGGAGCUGGAGCAGCUGUCCAAGAACCAUGACAACACUAACACAGAGACUCGUAAGUCCUUGGUCCACGAGCUGAACGAGUGUGUUUCCAGUCGGGUGUUGAAGCUGGAGAAGGAGAACCGGGAGCUUCAGACCUCUGUAGAGAGACUGAAGGAGGAGAACCACCUCCUGCAGGAGCAGCAGCUCCACACCCAGGAGCUGGACCGGGAGAACCAAGGCUUCAGCAAUAAGAUUGAGCGUCUCCAGGGUUUAUUGGAGCAGGAGAGGCUGACUAAUCAGGACAUGGAGUCUCUGGGGGAGGAAAUACUGAAGGAAAAACUGAAUCUGGAGAGAGAUAUGCACACUCUGAGGGCGGAGAAAGACAGACAGAUCUCAGAGUUGGAGAGUGAGAAGCAGCACCUCUCUGAUGCCGUGGCGUCCCUUCAGGAGCGCGCUCAGUCCAACAGCGAGGCCAGGGUCCGCGAGGUGGAAACCGAGAACCGCCUCCUGCACCAGAACAUCACUGACACCAGCUCCCGAUUGGCCAGCUUAGAGACCCAACUCAAACUGGCCAAUGAGGAGGCAGAGAGGCUGGGGAGCAGGGCGGGGCGAUGUGAGGAGCUGGAGCGAGAGACGGCCAGGCUGGAGAGGGGCAGGGACACUUUGAGCAGAGAGCUGGCCUCUCUGCGUGUUUGCAGCGAGCAGUCGGAGGCUCUGGAGAAGCAGGUGUCCUCCCUGGAGCAGGAGGUGCACCGGCUGAAGCGGGAGCUGGAGGAGGCCCAGGGGGAGGCCCAGGGGGAGCAGCAGCGGCUGGGGAGGCAGGAGGCGGAGCACAGCCUGCUGUCCAAGGAGAACCUGGACCUGCGCUGCUCCAUGGAGAAUCUGCGCUCCUCAUCCACCCGUCUGGCCUCCCUGCAGGACGAGCACAAGGAGGUGCAGAGACAGACUCAGGAUCUGCAGAGGAAGCUGGAGGAGGCCAGAGGGGAGGCGCAGGGAGAGAAGAAGAGGGCAGAGAGGCUGGAGCAGAACAUGGCCACUCUGAACCAGGAGAAGCAUCGCUUAGAGGAGGAAAUACAGAGAAGCAAAGAGGACAGGGAAGAGGAAGAGAGGGAGAGGCAGGAGACGCAUGUCAGAGAGGAGGAACUGAGAAGGGAAGUACAAGAACUGAAGAAUGAGCGGAAAAGGAGGGAGGAAGUGGAAGAGGAGAGGAGGAAGCUCCAAGUGGCCUUGGAGCAGGCAGAGAAGGGCAGGAAGAACCUGGAGAAGGAGAGCUGGAGGAGCAGGACACUGCUGGAAGGGAAAGAGACAGAGCUGGAGGAGAAAGCCAGGAGGUUAACCACAGUGGAGAAAGAGGGAGCAACUCUGAAGAAGGAAAUGGAGAGGCUGAGGGAGGUGUCGGUCAAAGCCAAGGAGCUGGAGAAGGAGAACAAAGAGCUGCAGAAACAGGCGACUAUCGACAAGAGGACUCUGGCCACGCUGAGAGAGGAUUUGGUGUCAGAGAAGCUGAGUGUUCAGCAGCAGAGUGUUGACCUGGAGAGACUCAAUGAAGAACUGGAGAAGAUGGGACUGAACAAAGAGAAACUGCUGCAGCAAGAGCACACACUGGAGGACAGCAGGUACAGGCUACUGGAGUCUCGGCUUGAGGAAACUGUCCAGCAGACAAUGAAGAUUAAAGAGGAGAAGAUCUUUUCUCUAGAAAGGAAACUGGAAGAGAGCAAAAAGCUCAACACUAAGCUACGAGCUGACCUAUCCACUGGAGAAGAAAACCACAACUCCCAUCAUCAUUCGGAAAGUGACCGGGGUCAAGGGUCAGCCACGGCAGAACUGCUAAAAAUCAAAGAUCAUAUUAUCGAUAUAGAAAAGAAUAACUCCUCCCUGCUGACGGAGAGCAGCCUGCUGAAGGGGCAGCUCAAACAGCUGGAGAACCAGAACACGUCUCUGAACAACCAGAUGAUGGGGCUGCAGCGACACACCUCCACCCUGCAGGAGCAGAACUCAGCACUACACAAAGAGACAGCAAAACUACAGGUGGAAAACUCCACAAUCUCUUCCCAGAGUGCAUCCCUCAUGGCCCAGAAUGCCGUGCUGCAGGGCCAGGUCACGGCCUUGGAGUCGGAGGUGGAGUCGUGGCAGAGGCAGCGGGAGGAGGCGUGGCGAGGCAGAGAGAGCGUGCUCAGCGAUCACGAGCGCCUGCUGAACGUUCACGAGAGGCAGGCUCAGGAGUACGAGCAGCUGAUCAGUCAGCACGCCGCUCUGAAGGGCAAACAGAGGGCGCUAGAGAGCGAGCAGCGCACACUGCACAGCAAGUAUUGUAUUUUGGUGCAGCAGAAGGAGAAAUGGGACGAGCAGGAGGGGCACGGCCGAAAAGAGAAGGAGGAACUAAACCAGGAGCUCCAGAAGACUCGGCUACUGCAGCAGGAGAAUCUACAGCUCAAAUCAGAAGUGGACAGACUAGCAGAGAGCCAAUCCCAGCAGUCCGGGCAGUGUGAGGGGCUGCAGCACAGAGUGAACGAUAUGAAGGGCUUACUAAGCUCCUCCCAGCAGGAAGUGAGUCGAUGGAUGGCACAGCACGACUCCCUGAUGGAGCAACACCAGGGCCUGGAUCUCACCAUGACCAAACUGGACAACCACUGUGAGCUGUUGAGUCGACUGAAAGGGAACCUGGAAGAGGAGAACCACCAUCUGCUGAGUCAGAUCAACCUGCUGAGUCAGCAGAACCACACUCUCCUGGAGCGGAGCAUGGAGAGCAAAGAGCUGUAUCACCAGGAACAGAAACUAUACAUAGAUAAGCUGAACGCUCUACGUCGUCAGAAAGAAAAACUGGAGGAGAAGAUCAUGGACCAGUACAAGUUCUACGACCCCACGCCUAAAAAGAGGAGCCAGUGGUCCGGAGCCAAAGCUUUGGCCAAACUGAUCAAACCCCGGAAGGAGAGCAGCAGGGAGCGGGGGGGCGACCGGGACAAGGAGGCAGGCAAAGACCGAGACCGAGAACGAGCCAAGAGUGCCCCGGACAUCCCAUUGCCCUCCCCCCCUCCCCUCCUCCCUCCUGAAACCCCCCCACCACAUCACCAGCGCUCAGGAAAUUACACGCAGGACAGCGGCCAUGCCCACAGUAACCAUAACAACCACACCGCCAGUCUGGGACCCCAGAGCCCAGCAAUCACACCCAUCAGCGCAGGUUUGACGGACAGGGGCCGGGGGGGUUAUCGUAGCAGCACCCCAGGAGGCAGCAGUGAGAGCGUCAAUGGAGAGAACGGACAUGGACAAGGUCCGGCCCACAAAGCUCUGAGCUCCACUCCCAGCCAUCAGUCUCCCUCACUGGGCCUCCCUAACAACUCCAACCCCCGACUGGGAGGCCCGGCCCGCCGGCCCAGAGGUCUGUUAUUUGAUGAAGACUCUCGCCACAACACUUCCGACUCCAUAUUUAGUCCGCAUGGCAACACGGGAGGUCGCCCGGGGUCGGCAGACUUCAGCCACAACACCUCAAGCUCCAACUCACCCGUCAACUGCAGAGACCCAUCAGAUCGCCAGACUCGCUCAGCCAGCCUCUCCAGUGAUGAUGUCACGGGUCUCAGCCAAUCACAACUGGCUCUGUCACGUAGCUCCACCCUUCCAUAUGACCACGUGCCCCAGAGGGCUCAACCACAACGUGGGGUUGGGGUUCGGAGUAAGACUUGUACGUCUUCUCCUGUUAAGGACAUGUUGACCCUGGAAGAGUUUCUACAUGAGAGCAACCUGAAGUCACCUCCUAUGGUGUCAACAGGAAGCAAGGAGGACUUAAUGACUGACUACUUCACCAGAAGUCCCGCCCCCUCGGGUCCCCCUGGCAAAGAUCAGACUCCUACCAGCUAUGUCACGCCCACUGUACAGGCAUCCAACCAGAGGCCAGGACAGAGCGUCAAGCCGUUGCCCCGCCAGCCUGUGGGCCAAUCACCAGCCUCGGGCCAGACCGUCAUCCAGAGGUCCGGCCAAUCACUGAGCAGGGCGUUCAGCCUGGCCUCGGCUGAUUUGCUGCGCUCAAACGGACCAGACAGUUUCCAUGGAAAUGACGGCCAAUCAGAUGGGGUUGUCCGCAGACCAGGGGCAGGGGCUAACGGGAGGGAACGCCCUCUGUCUGCUCGGCUGGCUGGCCCAACCAAUCAGCCUGCAGACAGCAGCUUCCUGAAUCUGCCCAUUCACCAUUCCACCUCUCUCAAUCUGCAGACAGAGAGACACGCAGAGAGAGAAAGAGAGAGGGGGAGGACUCCUGUCUCUCGGAACGGCCCCACCCCGUCCUCCACCUACCACAAGGUGGCUGAGGUUGCCAUGGUCACCCCUGUCAGGGCUGUGUCGGCCACGCGGCCUGAAGAACCCUCAGUAAAAGGGGAGGGGCUAAUGUCAGGUGACUCCUCCCACGUAGAGAAGGAGAGUGAGAAGGCAGGGUGUGGAUCUGUGGAACGGCCCAAAAGCACGCCCUCGUCCCCCGAUCCCAACAACGACCCUCAGACUGUGUGGUAUGAGUAUGGCUGUGUCUGAACGCCGACCCUAAAGAACCAGUGUGGCUCAACCUGGAACUGGAUACAGACUGCUGGGGCUGAUCAUUGGAGCUUUACAAACCCUCAGACACAAGUUAUCAGUCUCUGAAAUGUAGAUAAAUGCUUCAACUCUUGGAAGUCUACUCUUUGCUCCAAUUCAACUGGAAAUAAGUCCAAGAGCUGUCACACAUGCAUUGCUUGAUCAUGCGACAUUCCUGCUGAAAGUUCGACAAAGUUGAACUCCAUCGAAUAGGAAGAUGCAACUUUUAAAACCUGGAAAACAAAGACACAUUUUGAAGGAAACCAUUUAUUUAUUGAAUCAAAAGCUGAAUCUGUCUGAGGUGGAUGCAAUAUGGAAGGAUUUGAUAUGAACACACCAACACUAUAGAUGGUCUCUGAGGAUGCUGGAGUACAUUGCUAUGCCGUUUCAUUUUCACUGUGUUCACUGUAAUCACAAGCAGCCUCCAGUCCACACCAUGGGUUUUUCAAAGGUGUUGCAUUAACUGGCUGUUUUUUAAUACUGAAUGUUUUGACCAAAUGAUCACAUUGUUUUUUAAAGACUUGAACACAUACAGAAAUGGAGAUUGGAGCUGAGAAUCCAUAACACUUAAAGCCUGCAGGUACAGAGGACAAGAAUACCAAGUCUGGGCUCAGUCUAUGAGCUGGAACUCUUUGACUGGGGUCAACCCCUGCUGGGGUUUACCUGGAAUCAACCAGGAACAAACCAUCAUUAAAAAGACUGGUUGAACUGAAGUGAAUGCAAACAGAAGCAACUGAAUGUAUCGGAUCUCUCCUCCUUUUUCUGUUUGCCUCUAUUAUCUAAAACAAACACUGGAAUACAGGAGCCGGAGAGGGGAAGGAAAGGGGGGGGGGGGGGUAAAGCAAAGAGAGUAGAAGCAAGUGAUGGAGGAAGGGGUUGAGGGGAGCUUUAUUGAGAACACAUUGAUGGAUGCUGGGAUGGACAGAUAUAAAAGUGGAAGCAGUGACUUGAGGAAGGAAAGACAAAAACGACGGGCAGGGCUGCUCCCAGUUAAAUUACAGUCUUUCUCCCUCCAUCUUUAGACUCUGUCCCAGCAUGCAACACGCUAACACUUUACUGGAAAUGUUGUUCUGCCCGAGCCAACACUAGUUUCACAAACACACACACCAACACACACACAUGUGUAUAUAAAUAUAUAUAAUGAUAUAUACAGACGGGGGAAUUGUCCUUGAGGGGCUUGGUUGUGGCCUCGCUAACCAUUGAGCUGGACUUAAUUCACACACACACACACCACAGGGUGAACCACUGUGUUUUUGGGAGAGUGUACCGCUGCAUGCUAAGUGAGCCGGACAGUUUUAAGUACGGCACAACAGAGAGGGAGAGACCCAGAGAGUGCAGACCCUCUGUGGAGAGGAGAGUUUGCAUUGAAUGAAUUAGCUCUGGCAACAGUUGGGGGUUGUAUAAUAACUGAAAGCACCAAGUGUUUGCUCGAUUCUCCAGUCAGUGAACGGAUGAUUUUGUCCUCAGCUCAAGUGUCUCUGGUCACUUUGGUGCGCCAUACAUAUAUCACUUCAUACGAGCAUAUGUUCUAUUGAGUGGUGCAAGGAUAAACAUUUUUGAAAGGCCAGAAAUUGUCAUCGCAAGGGAUCCUUACGGUGGCCGACAAGUGCAAAUGCGCAAUAGCAUAACAAACUUCCAUUAGGAGAAAUGCGCUGCAAUUUCUAACAAAGGAUGCAAAUGUAAAAACACAAAUGUGCCAAAGCACACGCAAAUAAAGAAACAUCUUCACCAACUUCAACUACAGAUACGUAGUGUUUACUAAAAGCACUGCAUGAAUGCAACGCUGCAAAAGCUCCAAACGCACCAAAACGUGAACACUAAAACACAGUUUGGACCCGAGCGCUCGUUGAUGUUCGGGGAUUAUGAAGUUGGCCCUUAUAUCAUAAGCAAUCAUGCGAUCACAGAUUAGCCGAUCAAAAGUAUGUUUUAGGUCACUUUACAGCAGCUGUGACAGUUGACCAACUUUAUAACUAGAUCAUUUUUUACAUUGGCAUCAUUGUUGAAAGUGCAGUACGUUUCUCCUAAUUGAAAUGUUUAUGCCGUUGGCACCUCUCGGCCACCGUAGGCCAACAGUAAAGAGUCAAAAGCUCAAAUGAGGGUAUAAACAAGUCAACAUGGCAUGGCUGCACAUAGUAACCGCUAAGCUAAAGGCGGCUAAUGUUCGGCCUGAUGCCAUUUAGUAGUCUCAUUUAGCUACUAAAGCUUCAGACAUUCAACAGUGGGGUAUUUACUGACCUUCAUUUCAGGCAUCGAACCAAAAACACAUUCAAGAAACGCUCAUUUCUAAGUUUGAGGAUUUGUGAUUCCUGCACUGCUCUAUUAUGUCCUCUGAAGCUUCUUGACUCUAUUCACAACACCGUGUCACUAUGUUGGACAUACUCACUUUGACAUCACUGAUUUGAAUGUAAUCACAUCAAGACAGAGAUAUAUUAAACGCCUCUUGUCCCCUUAUUAAAAGCAGCAAGAUGAUUACAAGAUGUUCAUCUUUCACACACAUUUAACUGAACUAUGUUUCAAUCACACACAAUGGUGUAAGACUGGGGAUGAUGCACAAUGAGUCCGAUUCAAAUGCAGACACAUUUAGCUUUUAGUGUUUUCAUCACGACUCUUGGGAGGAUUUAUAAAUACUUGCUCCAUUUUUUGAGCCCAUUGAAGAAAGAAAAGAUGAGGAGGCGGAAGACAUUAAGGAAAGUGCGCCUUAGAGACAGUCGGUGUUAAUGUAAUGAAUGAUUGUUAUGCUAAUUCUACUGAUUUGACCCCUGACUGUACUGCUGUCUGUAAUUACUAACCCAUCCCUCCUGCAUUGUUAAUGACGGAGGCAAAGACAUUCCUAAAAAGCACUAGAACGAUGAUGAGGAGGAGGAGGAGGAAGAUGCAACACUGGAGAAUGAAGAUUUGACUGGAAUCCAUCACUAACCGUUCCUCUCACCUUCCCAGCAUAAAGCACAUGUCAAUAUGCAACAAACUAAAUUAUUAAACCUGUAACAUUUGUACAUGACGUUAGAUUUUAUAAACACGGGAAAGGUUUAGAAGACUUCUGGACUAAGACUUCGCCUUAAAGAAAAACAUGUUUGUUAAUACCAAAAAUCCAGAUCAAUACCUGUGAAGUGUUUUUUGUUGUUAUUGUAUUAGAUCAUUUUAGCAGAUGAAGUGAAAUGAUAUGAUGCACUGUAGGUUGAUGCUGUCUAUGUACCUGCUUCGUGUGUAUGUGUUUGUGUGUGUUGCAUUUUUGUCAGCACUCAUUUCAUUAUUAGUUCUGUGUGUGUGUGUGUGUGUGUGUGUCAAUUUGCUGAUGUCAAAAGAAAACAACAUUGACAUUUCGUUAUUAGAAAUAGAAAAUUCCAAGAACAAUUGUUUUUUAAUUUAAACUACGCCAUCACACACACACACACACACACACACGUGUCUCAGUUUUCUGGACCUGUGUGUAUGUGUGUGUCCUGACUGUUUGUCUGUGUGCCUGCUUUGUUUACUACCUGUGUGUCCACUUUAGUUAGUGUCCCAUGAUUCCCUUCUCAUUCUGUGGUUCUUAUUGAUACCCUUUGAGAGGAUCAGCGGCUGCUUCCUGCUCACUGACUGAUCCCUUCCAAUGUGGGUUAGUCACACAGUCCCCGCAGAGGAAUACUGAGAACCAGAUAGUCAUGAAGACGUUAGAGAGAAGUAAAGCAGAAGGGAAAGCAGCGCUGACGUCACUGACAUUUCCUGCUGUAACUGGAAUAACCUCUACUUCACUUUAUGACUGCUCUGCUGUGAUGGGAUACUGUUGAAAGCUACUAUUGUCAUUUAGUAGAGACUGCUGUAAUUACACCCAAAAGCUUUUUGGUAAUAAAGAUUUAUGAAAAUGAA